UAACAGAUUUACCCAGUCAAUUACUAAGGCGAGACCUGCAGAGAAGUUUCAAAAUUCUCUCCUUAAACGGGAAUCCGCCUUUUUGCUCUCGCUCUAAUUCUCUCUCGAUUUCUCAAACAGCCGAACUACCUUUCAUUUCUUCUCAGUUUCCGGGGAAAUCGACUCUGGAAAUCGUUUGAUCUUGGCUUUGUUUGAUAGAGAUAAGAGGAGGUUAAAUGCCGAAUUGGGAACUGCAUAACUGCUGCAACCGAGACCAGGUCACGUUCUUGGUCACAGUUGGUGUCUUCACCGUCGUUAUUCUCGCGCUAUGGAGGACAGUGCUACUGACACCAUUUAAGCUCAUCACUGUGUUUUUGCAUGAGGCAAGUCAUGCAAUUGCUUGUAAGCUAACAUGUGGUCAGGUGGAGGGGAUUCAGGUUCAUGCCAAUGAAGGUGGGGUGACACAAACACGUGGUGGUGUCUAUUGGUUGAUCUUGCCUGCAGGAUAUCUUGGUUCAUCGUUCUGGGGAUUGGCUUUGAUACUUGCAUCCACAGAUCUUGUUGCCGCCAGAGUUGCUGCUGGCUGUCUUGUUCUGGCUCUAUUUAUUGUUCUGUUUAUUGCUAAAAAUUGGACACUUCGAGGACUUUGUAUCGGAUUCAUCAUAUUCCUUGCUAUAGUUUGGGUUCUUCAAGAAACCACUACAGUCCGAAUUCUCCGAUAUGUCAUUCUCUUCAUUGGUGUUAUGAACAGUUUGUUCUCUGUAUAUGAUAUCUAUGAUGAUUUGAUAUCUCGAAGAGUCAACUCUAGUGACGCUGAGAAGUUCGCUGAAAUAUGCCCUUGUUGUACCGGUGUUGGAUGGGGAGUAAUUUGGGGAAUGAUAUCGUUUUUAUGUCUAUGUGGAUCCGUGUACCUUGGACUUGUUAUCUUAUCUUGAGGUUGAGAGAUGGUGGUUCAUAUUCCUCGCUUCAUUUUACACUUGCUUCCCGUUUUCUGCUGAUGAUGGUUUGUGCACACCGAUCCAAAAUAUUGUCAGUUGGCCAGAUACCCAGAGAUUAGAAUACUGUAUUGUUCACAACUUCAUUCUUUUAGCCCCUUUUGGUUGGGUUUAAAUUUCUAUAUGAUCAGGGUGUAAAAAAAAUGUGACGCCAAUGUGCUUUGAUCUCUAUUUUGAAAUGUACACUGAUUCAAUUAAAUUUUAGUUGGGUUCAGCUGAUUUAUAUGAAUGGUCCAUUUGCAA